UGUUUAUGGUGGUUUAGAAGUAACGAGUUUCUAGAUUUUGUCGUCCACAAUUAUGACUUCCAGUGCCCCAAAAAUUGAGGACAUGUCGAGCACGAAAGAUUUAACAGAGGAGUUGAAACAGGACGACGCAUAUAUACCAAAGAAACCUGAAAAACUGUCAGUGUUUGGAUAUGUGAUCUCGGAACUAACCAGAGGAUAUAUGUUGGAGCGAGAUAAAGACAAGUUUACAGAACGACGACAGAGAGUUUACACUUUUAUGAAAACUCCAAGAGAGUUGGAAAAGUUUAUUGUUUUUGGAUUCUUCCAAUUAGUGGAUGCUUUUCUGUUCAUUUUUACAUUCCUACCACUGAGAAUCGUUCUUGCCUUGUUGAAGAUCAUCACACACCCAUGUGGCUUCCUCAUGCCAAAAUCUCCGAAACUUUUAGAACCAGCUCAAAUUUGUGAUCUAUUGAAGGGCAUUAUACUUCUAGCGUCCUUCUUCAUCAUGAAUUACAUUGAUACAUCAAUGAUGUACCACCUAGUGAGAGGCCAGGCCAUUGUCAAACUUUACGUCUUCUUCAAUAUGCUGGACAUGGCUGACCGUCUAUUCUCCAGUUUCGGCCAGGACAUUUUGGAUGCUUUGUACUGGACAGCUAUGGAGCCUCGGGACAAGAAACGUCAACAUUUUGGUGUGCUACCCCAUCUAAUAUUGGCCGUGUUGUAUGUCAUUAUCCACUGUAUGCUGAUUCUGUUCCAAGCCACGGUGCUCAAUGUCGCCUUCAACUCUCACAAUAAAGCACUACUCACCAUCAUGAUGUCAAACAAUUUUGUAGAAAUCAAGGGCAGCUUGUUUAGAAAGAUAGACAAGGAACUACUGUACCAUAUCUCCUGUAGUGAUGUGAAGGAGCGGUUCCAUUACACCAUACUACUGGCCGUCGUCUUCAUACGUAACAUGACAGAGUUCUCCUGGAACGUAGACCAUGUUUGGCUGAUCAUCCCUGAUGUUGUCAUUGUGUUGUGUGCUGAAUUAAUGGUGGACUGGGUCAAACACGCCUUUAUCCUCAAGUUCAAUGAAAUGCCAGCUGAUAUUUAUCAUACGUAUAAAUUACGGCUGUCUGAGGAUAUGAUCUCCAACCGACAAAGUAGGGCCUACAUAGACUACUCUGACAUGGUAGCCAGAAGGAUGGGCUUCACACCACUGCCACUGGCCUGUCUCCUGGUGAGGAUCUGUACAAAGUCAUUCAAGGUCACUGGUAUGACCGGCGCUCUUGUUGUCUUCUGUCUGUUUUUAUGUUUGGUGACAUUUAAAGUAUUGAACAGUAUAAUCCUGUUGGGGCAGGCGACUGAGAUGACUUCAAAAGUUCCACAACCCACUUCUGAGAAUAAAUACAACGAUAUUCCGCCUUCAUCUCCCAUUCACAGAUCUAAGUCUGACAUUCAAAUCUCAAACACAGGAGAGUUCUCAUCAAGGGACACAACUACAGCUGGUAAUGGCUAUCAGAAGGAAACAGAUAAUGGCAAAAAUUCCCGCAGUAAAAGUGAAACAGAUAUCGCCACUUGUACAUCUGUUGAAAAUUGUUCACCAUUCCGAAUCAAAACGGUGUCAGAACAGUUAACUAAAAAUGUGACUUUUUCAGAAGGUUUUGUACCUCCUGAUAAAGAUGAUCAAAGAGCCGCUGGAGAAGAUUCCGUUCUCACGGAGAAAAGGAUCGGUUCAAAACAUGAUGAAAAAAUCUUCCCAUCUUUUAAUUCAGAUUUUAGUGACAUUAGACAAAGAAAUCCUACAAAGGACUAAUUACUUGUGAUUAUUGAUCAUUAUUAAAUUACUUAAUGUAAAAUCUUAAUCACUAUAUUUGAAAUUUACUGCAACACUGACAUAAAAACAUGUGAUUAUUGAUCAUUAUUGAAUUAUUUAAUGUAAAAUCUUAAUCACUAUAUUAAUUAAAUUUACUGCAACACCGACAUAAAAACAUCUGAAAAUUUAAUUUUCUGGAGAUACUACUGUAAAACCUAAAUGGUGGUCAAAUAUGAAAAUCAAUUAUGAUGGAAAUUUGUUUACAUAGCAAAAAGGUUUAUCCUUUCUGCUAAUAGUGAGAUGUCAACCUUGGGAUCUUAGUAGUCAAUUAAACCGCUAAUUAGCAUGCCGUGGAAUGAAACACACUAUCAUCUCAUCAACAGCUUUAAGGUGCCUGGAAGUGUGUAUCCAUUGGAAAUUUUUUUGAAUAUUUAAAGUUCAGAGCUUUUUUAUUUGGGUACUUUGGGUAUUCUACGGUACAAACAAAAGUGUAAUAUAGUUACAUACAGUUAUGUGUGUACUUCAGACCAGCUGUCAUGUUUGCAGUGUAAUUGUAUAUGAUUGCAUUCUAGUCGUAUCUCCCCAUUUUUCCUUUUUUUCAAAAUUUUCAUUUUUUUUUUAACAGCAGUGACCAUUUCUCUCGCCAGAAGUAGGAUUUUAAAAUUACAGAACAUGCUGUUCGAUGAUUUCCAGUGGCGUAUAGCCAGCGAGUCAGAUCAUCUGUAGAAUUCCACUGACUAAAUAUCAAAUUAUACGCUUAAUUUAAUUAUGUUUUAAUAAUCUAAUGGUUUCUGAUGUUUUCUUGGCCCUUUAAAAAUUUAAUAUGGGCCAAUUAACCAUAUUAGAUUUUUAAAAGGCCCAUAAAAUGUCAGAGACCUUUGGAUUAUGCUUUAUGUAAUCCCUCAGGAAACUGAAAUCUAUAUGUUGGACAGAAACCUAGUAUGAAAUACUGGGUACUUUAUUCAUACAACGUCCACAUUUUAUUUAACUUCUAUUUAACUGUAAAAUCUAAACUUUAUUUAAUCGAUGGAGAAUAAGAUCCUCGUUACCCAUUGUCCUAUUGUUUUAUGGGUCCUCGUUAAUAUACAUUGUACAUGUGAUAGUGUUGUCAUGACUUUGUUGAAAUCAUUGCCUGCUUAAAGCAUAAUUUUACUCUCAGGAAAGGAAAGGGAUAUUAGAUUUGGAGUUUGAAUUUGAUGCCUGUGAUAGAAUUAUAAAUUGCAGUUCAUGUAUGUGAUAUUGCUUCCUGAAAAGCACCCAUGCAAUGUUUCACUCCAAGAAUGAUUGACCUUUAGAUUGACCUUAAGAUUGACCUUUAAAUUGACCUUUAGAUUGACCUUAAGAUUGACCUUUAGAUUGACCUUAAGAUUGACCUUUAGAUUGACCUUUAGAUAAAACUUUAGAUUGACCUUUAGAUUGACCCUAAGAUUGACCUUAAGCUUGACCUUAAGAUUGACCUUUAGAAGAUCUAUGUGAUAUUUAUCUUUUUAUCUACAAUGACACAAUGUGAUUUACAUUUUUACUUUGACUCUCACUUUUUCACCCAAAAUACACUUUCACCAUCGGUUCAGAGUGGAAAGUUUAAAGUGCAUACAAUGUAACUGGGAUACUUGAAUAUUGAGGUAGUAAGUGGGAGUUAAAUAUUGAGGUAGUAAGUGGGAGUUAAAUAUUGAGGUAGUAAGUGGUAGAAAACGUUAAAAAUCGUGAGUCUUCCACCAAGAACGUGAGAAGUGGCAACCAUGAAUGCUGUAGAAAUACAUGGUUAAUCGGCGAGUGUGUUAUCCUUAAGGUUGUGGAUGAAUUACAUGUAUAUGAAUGACAGUAAUAAUUUAGUGAAGGGUAUGUACAUGAGUGUCCACCAAAACAUAGAGAGCCUGUCUUUGGGCUCCUACACUUGAGUCUCGAGUAUGCUCAUAUAAAGUCAAAUUUUCCAGUCCCCACGAGUAUGUUCAUCUGAAGUCAAAUUUUCCAGUCUCCACGAGUAUGUUCAUCUGAAGUCAAAUUUUCCACUCUCCACGAGUAUGUUCAUCUGAAGUCAAAUUUUCCAGUCUCCACGAGUAUGUUCAUCUGAAGUCAAAUUUUCCAGUCUCCACGCGUAUGUUCAUCUGAAGUCAAAUUUUCCAGUCUCCACGAGUAUGUUCAUCUGAAGUCAAAUCUUUCAGUCUCCACCAGUACACUCACUCAGAAUAAAUCUUGAGUGCUUUUUGCAAGACAAUCCUUCACAUAAUCAAAUCUGUAAAUUACGAAGUUACCCUUAUACAUAUAGAGAUCUACAAAAUAUAUUUCAAUCUGGGAUUUUAACAUAUUCUGAAUGAGUGUUAAAUAGAGGUUGCACAACGAGUGGUUGUCUUAUAUUCCUUUCACUCAAGUGUUUUUUUUGUAAUUUUGAAAAAAUAGCUAAUGAGAGUGAAAGAAAUACCAUAUACAACAACCACGAGUUUGUGUGACCUGUUUCUACUGCAAUAGAAAAGUUAUUCUGAGGAUGAAUCGACCUGUUUUGCAUCAAUUUGUGUUCUUUUCACGAUAUCAGGUGUGGUGUAAGGAUAUGGCCUAAAUUGAAAUGCCGCUAAUUAAUAUGCAAAACUGACAAAUUCGGAAAUGUAUGGAAAUAUUACAAUUUAUUACAAAUUAUAACAUAAUAAUAAUUAUGUUUAUUCUUUCAAAGCAAUAAAUUGAUAAAAAUCUAUAUAUUUUGAAGAAUAUAACAAAACAACUGCGAAUUACUUCUUGUGCAUUAUCAUUUCCAUGACAUCAUGAAGUGACCUUUAAGUAUUGGCCAAUCAAAUUGCAUUAAACCAUGUGAUUAGAAAGUAGUUCCGGUCAAAGGUCACCACGUUUAUAGUUUAUUGGACAUGUGGUAUAAACUGAAUGUUAUUCAACAGUUUUGAUGAUUAUUUCAUGCCUUGGGCAUUGAAUAACACCCACCUAUUGUGGUAGAAAUAUGUAUAUGUACUAGGUAUACAGCCCUGUACCUUAACAAUUAUUUGACUCUGAAUGUGUGAUAAUUAAUCAUCUUAAAUUACAGUAACUGGCAUAUUCAUUAUAUCUAAAUCACAGGUCUAUAUACAUAUGUACUAUGUGUUACCAGGCAUGUAUAAUACAUAUAUAUGGACUGGCUAGGAAGUUCGUGCCAAGCCCCUACAUGUGUCUAAAAGGGUUGCCUAGCAACGAUGUCAUUUUAGGACAGCUUAUAUAUGAAUCAGUAUUUGCUUUAUAUGCAUGGUGCUUGAGUUAUACGCAUGGUGCCCGAGUUGAUUAUAAGAUAGUCUUUGCCAACAAAUCCAUAUAUAGAUAUCUUGUAAGGCAUUAAAUGUCAGAAAUGUUUUAAACGUGAUUGUUGUUCAGUUCUUUUGUUUAAAUUUGUUUUGCUCAAUUAUGCAAUGUGAUAAAUUAAUGAAGUUGAUUACAAAUAGGUAUGCAGAAUUUGAGAUUGUCAACAAAAUAUCAAAGUGUCUCUUUGCCUUUAGUCACUUGUUGCAUGUGUUCUUGAUGUGUAAUUAUUCCGAUAGCUUGUUCACAAUACCAAUAAAAUGAAAACUAAAUGAUCCAUAAUGUUUUAUGUAUGUACUGAAAAUCAUUUUAUCUUGUAGUGGAACUUGAAUGGCAGUUCACUGGUGGCAACGUUUCUCAGUUAUUCAGAACACCAGUCUAGAGGUCAGAGCACCUGUCCAAAGGUCAAGAGCUUUCUCAAGGUUUCUCAGUUAGUCAGAGCAUCUGUCUAGAGGUCAGAGCACCUGUCUAAAGGGCAGAGCUUUCUCAAGGUUCCUCAGUUAGUCAGAGCACCUGUCUAGAGGUCAGAGCUUUCUCAAGGUUCCUCAGUUAGUCAGAGCACCUGUCUAGAGGUCAGAGCUUUCUCAAGGUUCCUCAGUUAGUCAGAGCACCUGUCUAGAGGUCAGAGCACCUGUCUAAAGGGCAGAGCUUUCUCAAGGUUCCUCAGUUAGUCAGAGCACCUGUCUAGAGGUCAGAGCUUUCUCAAGGUUCCUCAGUUAGUCAGAACACCUGUCUAGAGGUCAGAGCUUUCUCAAGGUCCCUCAGUUAGUCAGAACACCUGUCUAGAGGGCUUUUUGGUUAAAGUCAAAUCUAGUCAUCACAUUAAACCUUUAUUACGUUCGAUGCCCAGCUUACUAUACAUUUUAGUGAUGGUAUAAGAAUUCAUUUGUGCCUUCAGUGUAAGCAGACCACCGGUCUUUAGAUAGCUCUUUUGACUACGAGUUCUGUACAUUUCCCCCGACUGCUAUUACCUACCCAAUAUAUUUGAAAAAUUGUUAAAAUGUAAACUGAAAUCAGAUGUUCCCUCUGUAAGGCACCCUCUCUGUUGACUUGGUUUUUGCUGUGCCUGGUAAUGCAUUAACAUUGUUACUUUGUCAAUUUUAAGCUGUUAAUUGCUCGUUAUUAUUAUUAUUAAUGAAGAUUGAUGUGAUCAUCUUAUUAUACAUGAAUUGCCAAAAUAUGAUUUUGGAAACUCAUGUUCAGUAAACUUUAUAACAGUAUAAUAAUUCCUGCUGUUUACAGAGACAUUAAAUCAUCAUUAGUACUGUUACACAUUACCUGUAUAUCUGAUUAUUUUUAUCUGCUGUUUAACUGUAUAUCCAUGUACUAUUAUAAUGUUUUAAGGGCAGAUUUUUAAAACACAUGAGCCACUUCCAUCUCCUAUGAUGUGACUUCCCCUGUAAUACCUUAUCUGAGCGUCCUGGUAUGAAAUCUGUUGUGUGUCAAAACUUCACGAGUUAAUUACUUAUCUUAUGAUAUAUGAUGUACAUGGAUGUAUACUGUAGUACAUGUAUAAUUUUGUCAAACAUGAUCGCCAAUAUUUUGCUUUAAUCAUUAUCCAUAUACUGUAUAAUGCAGUGAUGCAAAAUAAAAAAAUUCACGAAAGGUAAUAAUUUAA